UUUUUUUUUUUAAAAAAAAUUUCUGCUGCAUUUCCCUUUGCAUAUAUUUCUUUUUUCUAAUAAUGAUGGCAAUGAUUUCCUUCCCCGGAUUCUUCUUUACCCAUUUCUCUUUCUGUUGUUUCUCUCAGUUUCUCUGAGCUCUCCCAUUUGGGUGUCUUCUUUGAGAUUUUCUUUAGCAUUCUUUGUUCGGUUUUCGAGCUGGAAAGGAAGGGGUUUGUGAAAAGAGAAGGAAUUUGGAAGAGGAACGAAGAUGGGUUUCUUGGUGGUGGGGAAAUGGCUUUUGGGUUCUCAGAUCUGAGGAAGCAGAGGAUUUCUGAAGCGGCAUAGACACUAGAAAUGGGUCUUGUUUUCUUGGUCUGUUCUCGAGUUCCUUCAAGUAUCAACACUCACUUGCCAUGCUAGUUUCUUGGUAGCUUUUUCUUUGUAGGUUUUGAAGCUCUGUUUGUUGAGAGCUGUUGAGAAAUUUCAGUUUGGUCAAAAUUCAGCACCCCCUUUUGGGUCUUGGGCAAAUUGGGGAUUUAUUGAUUGGUGAAAUCGAGAUCUGUUGAAAGGAAGAAAAAAAAAAUGCUGGCUGUUGGUAUUGGUAGUCCUUUUACCAGUGUGCGCACGAGCUCUAGUUGCAAUGCUUUACUCAGAGAACUUCAGCAAAUAUGGAGCGACAUUGGCGAGAGCGAAGCUGAUAAAGACCGUAUGCUACUAGAAUUGGAGCGGGAAUGCUUGGAAGUGUAUCGGAGAAAGGUUGAGGAAGCUGUGAAUGCCAAGGCACGACUCCAUCAAUCCGUUGCGUCGAAGGAAGCCGAGGUUGCAACCUUGAUGGCUGCUCUCGGUGAAUUAAAUUCUCCGAGUCAGAUUGAGAAGAGGUCGAAGACAUUGAAAGAAAAGCUUGCUUCUAUUAGUCCCCUAGUAGAAGAGUUGAAGACAAAGAAAGAAGAGCGUUUGAAGCAAUUCGGAGAUAUAAAAGCCCAAAUCGAGAAGAUUAGUGUCGAGAUAUCGGGAUACAGCCAUCUUAAUGAUCACAUGAUCAUCAAUUCUUUAACCAUGGAAGAAACAGACCUAUCUCUGAGAAAGCUUAAUGAAUAUCAAAGUCAUCUUCGUGCCCUGCAAAAAGAGAAGUCCGAUCGACUUCACAUGGUUUUGGAACAUGUUAGUGAGGUUCAUUCUCUCUGUGGUGUUCUUGGUUUGGAUUUCGGCCAGACUGUAAGUGAUGUUCAUCCAAGCUUAGAAAUCACGACUAGUGUGGAACAAGCAACAAAUAUCAGCAACAGCACAUUGAAGGGCCUAGAGCAGACCAUUGUGACACUGAAAGCAGAGAGGAAAGCUCGAAUCCAGAAGUUGAAGGACAUUGUAACAUCGUUAUUUGAACUUUGGAAUUUGAUGGACUCUUCACAUGAUGAAAAGAGAAAGUUUUCUCGGAUAACUUCAAUCAUGCAUGCACCUGAAGUCGAAGUCACGGAACCGGGUCUUCUCUCCGCAGAGACUAUCGAACAGGCAUCAGCAGAAGUGGAGAGGUUAACUAAAUUUAAAGCGGGUCGAAUGAAACAACUCGUAAUGAAAAGGAGGUCGGAGUUGGAGGAGAUUUGUAGAAUGACUCAUAUCGAAGCCGAUCCUAGCACAGCUCCUGAGAAAUCAAAUGCUUUGAUAGAUUCAGGUCUAGUAGAUCCUUCUGAACUUCUCGAAAACAUUGAAGUGCAAAUCGUCAAAGUAAAAGAAGAAGCGACGAGUCGAAAAGAAAUAAUGGACAGAGUAGACCGCUGGCUCUUGGCAUGUGAAGAAGAAAAUUGGCUUGAAGAGUAUAAUCAAGACGAGAAUCGUUACAAUGCAGGGAGAGGUUCACAUGUUAAUCUGAAGCGUGCGGAGCGGGCUAGAGUGACUGUUAGCAAAAUCCCUGCUAUUGUUGAUAAUCUGAUAAACAGAACUCUGGCCUGGGAAGACGAAAAGAAGACUAUGUUUCUUUAUGAUGGGGCAAGAUUGGUGACUAUACUUGAAGAUUACAAAUUAAGUAGACAACACAGAGAAGAGGAGAAGAAGAGAUACAGGGACCAAAAGAAGCUCCAAGAUCUGCUCCUUACAGAGAAGGAAGCUAUGUACGGAUCGAAACCCAGCCCUCGGAAGAGUAACAGCUUUAGGAAGCCUAAUGGAUAUCGUGCAAAUGGGAAUGGAUCGAUGCCACCCACGCCUCGCCGAAACUCUGUGGGUGGUGCGACUCCGGAGCUCCUGACUCCUAGAUCCUAUUCUGGGCGCCAAAAUGGAUACUUUAAAGAAAUGAGGAGGUUGUCUACUACACCGUUGAAUUUUGUGGCCAUAUCCAAGGAUGAUACAAUGUCAUAUGCUUCCAUUUAUGGAUCUGAGCCAGGUUCUCCUCCCCCAAGUUAAAUCCGAAGGCUCUCAUCAUAUGGAUAGAGACUCAACAGUCACAAACUGGAUAUCUGUAUACUUUUGAACUAAUGCAGCAGCAGCAACCUUGUGAAUAGGAAACAAAAUGUAAACUAGUUUUACAACUGUGAUUCGAUAGGACGGCUUGGAGGAAGGAUUGCAACUAACGAGGUCGAGAAGGCGUAAAGGCAUAAAGACGGUGUUUUUAGCCCCAUGUACGUUAUAAGAUAGAUAGUAACGAUAACAGAUAAAGUAGCUUGAAACCAUUGCACCUAAAGUCUUGUAUGUUGAAAUAGGAAGAUUGAUAAUAGUAGGGAGUGCCGACCACGAUGUUAUGUGGAUUUUGUUAGUGUUUUUCAUGUGUUGUAUAUAUUUAUCUUUCUCAAACAAAAGCAACCAUUUGAUUUUAGAUUCUUGAUCUUUUGGAGAAGCAUAUUUCAGAUGUUUUUCUGUGAAUAUUGAGUGUAAUCCUUUUCA